AUGGUGUCAUUUCAUUAUGGUGAAAUACUAACAGAAGUAGAAUCAACAGAAGCGUCAGAAGAACCACGUUCAGUAACAGCAGAAGUAGCUCCUCCAGCAUUAGAACCAGCUCCUACAGCAGUAACACCAUCUCCCUCACCAGCAGUAGCAGCACAAACUACUUCACCAGCAAUAGCAGAAGAAACACCAUCAGCAACAGCAGAAGCAACUCCUCCAGCUGUAGAAACAGUUCCUAUAGCAGCAGCACCAUCUCCCACACCAGCAGUAGCAGAACCAACUCCUUUACCAGUAAUAGCAGAAACAACUCCUCCACCAGCAGCAACUAAACCAACUUCACCAACAGCAAAAACAGUACCAGCUCCUCCUCCAUCACCUUCAUGA